GGGCCUUCAUAAAGAGUCUUGUUGCGCACACUGCACCCAAACCUCUGGUAAACCUGCCCUGCAUUUGAGCUGAACCCCUCUGUCUGUUUCUCAGCAGCUCACAUGUGCACUAAGUACGGCUCAGGGCUUCUUGGCCCGUGCACCUGCCUUUUCUCCGGGCUUUCCCCUCCGAAGGAGAGGGAGCUUUCCUCUGACCUCAGUCCAGCGAUGUUUUGCCCAGGAAUUCCACACGUGUUUGCCUGCAGGAGUAAUGGGUUCAGCUGGGUGUGGAGUGGGCCAGUGGCUUUGCUAAAUCGUUUAAUUAAAACCAUGGCUAAACCCCUCCAUUGGAUUCCUGCGUGGUGGAGCCUGGGCCCCUGCAUGAGCCCCUGCAGCACCCCCCACACACGGAUGGAAAGUGACCGAUGUUGACUCGCGAUGAGAAACUCACUUAGAGACCCACUGCCUUGAUUAAAGCCUCAUGCUGACAUUGUCAAGGGCUAAGGAGGUUAACCGGAGGGGUGAGUGUCCACAUUGAAACAAAGACAUGGGUGUGUUUGUAAACAACUGGGCCCUGAACCUCAGACAGACAGGAUGUUGUGACUUAAAGUGAAAGUUAGCUGUAGGCUUUAUGUAAUAGGUGAUUUAGACUGAGGAAUGCAAUGGAAACUGGAGGCUAAUGUAUGAGGGUUAAAAAAAACAAAACAGAAAGGCGGCCCACACGCACCCCACACACAGAGCACCCCGGCUUCCAGAGAUCUCCGCCGAACUAGAGGGGAGCUCUUUUUCUCACACUCUUAACACUACGCCCCUCCCAGUUUGCACGGUCCUUCUCCCUCUCUCAUUCACUGACACACGGAAAGGGAACCUGGGAGGUAGGAAAAGCAGCGCCUGAGUUCUCGUGCGUCUGCCAGCGAUUAAAAGGAUGGGGCAGGCCACUGGAUCCUAUCACUCCAACCCAGUACAGCCACUGCCUCGGACAGAGCCAGAGGUCAGUCCACGGAAACAGCAAAAGCAGCAGGAGCGCUGCCUAUGAGUGUGUGUGUGUUUGACAAGAGUGCACACACUGGAAGUGACGGUGCUGCGCUCCGUGUGGAACUUGGUCUUCAACCCAGUCCCCUAGUCUUUGUUCAAGUAGUCAGCUUCCCCAUUCUCUUGUCACCACGGAAACCUGGUUUGAAGGGGAAGCAGAUGAGGAGUGAGGCAUAAAUAAGGAUAGAGCCACGGCCUUUGGGAAAGGAGAAGAAAAAAAGGAGUGGGAAAAAGACCAAAUGAACACCCAGAACAUGGAAAAUCCCUGCUUCCCAUGCCAAGAAUCUAGCUCAGUGAAAACACAAACGCGCCGGCCCUAACUGCUGGGACAGAGCGAUCUGCAAACAGCACAAUCAACACUGGUAACAGACUUAAUAAUGACAAAGUUGCUCUCUGAAAAGCAGCCAUUGUCUGAUCCUCUUCAGAACCCACGUUGACCUUUUGGACACCCGGAUAUCGUCUCUUUGCUCGAUUAGUCAUUUCUCUUUAGUGCAGUCUAUCAAAUGGAAAAAUGUUUUGGAAUCUUUCUGAUAAAUGCUGCCAGACUACAAGGAAAUAUGAUUGAUUAUGUAGGGUUAAAGAAUGACGUUUUGGAGAGCAUGAUCUGCUCUAUGUGUGGUUGGACUCUUUCUGUCUGUAGAGACACAAACACACCCCUUUUCCUAUGUGACGCCAGGGCCAGCCCUGGGGCUAUCUUUAGGGCAGCUCUAUUUGCAGUAACAGGAGAGCAGUGUGUGUGACGCUACAGCACCCCAACACCCUUGUGUUUAGUGUCUUGUUUAGACAAAAAUGCUAAUUAGCCAGACCGCCUUUCAGUCUGCAUGUGCGGAGCGGAAGAAAUACUAGGUGUGGAGAGGCAAGCUAUGGAGUUAUGGAGCCUCCCAGCAGGGUGGACGGGAGCACUGUGCCUCAGCUGGAAGCUUCGGGGCAGUGGGAAGAGGCGGGGCUGACGGGCUCCCUGAGAGUGCAGGUGGAAGGGAGCAUGUUCGCUGUAGACAGGACCUUGCUGGGGAGGAAUUCGGAAUACUUCCGUGCCCUUUUCCGCUCUGGGAUGAGGGAGAGCCACCAGGACGAGGUCCGCUUGCAGGGCCUGAAGGCGAGGGGUUUCCUCCUCGUCUUGGCUGUUUCCAGAGGUGAGCGGCCAAGUCUCGGGGACCCCGAUGAGAUCGUGGAGGCCGUGGAGUGUGCCGCUUUCCUUCAGGUGGACGCUUUGAUCCAGCAUCUCAUAGACGUUCUGGACACAGAGAACUGCUUCCUCCUCUUGCACACGGCCGCCGUGUUCGGCGUGUGGAGGCUGGUUCGCAGUGCGGCGGUGUUCAUCCGCGACGCGUACCGCGACCUGCAGGAGGCAGCACUGAACCUGCCAGAGGAGAUGGUCCGCUACGUGGAGUCUCUCGCACCGGCUUCCUUCAUCGCUCUGGGCACCCACUCGCCUUCUCUGAAGAUCCUGCAGGACUCGUCCAGGACAGUGUGGUCCCUGAACGAGAAGAAGGGCGCCUGGUGCUACCUCACGGACCUGCCCACGGAGGCCAGCACGUCCAUGGCUGGCGUGGCCGUAGUGGGGAACCGGCUGUAUGUGGUGGGGGGCGUGCGCGGUGUGAGCAAGGUGACGGUGGACUCCAGCUUCUGCUACGACGCUGAAAGCAACUCGUGGAGUGCGUUCGCCGGGCCUCAGCAGUCCAGGUACAACUUCACCCUGGUGGGCCGCGAGGGUCGCCUGUACGCCUUCGGCGGCGAGUUUGAUAACUGCGUCAUGGCCUCUGCUGAGGCCUGCGACCUCUCCGCACGCAAGUGGACCUUCGUCAAACAUGCCCCCAGACCCGUAGCAGGGGCGGCGAGUGCCGUGGCCCGCAGGAGGGUCUUUGUGUGCUUCUGGGAGCCUCCUGACACCACGGACAUCUACGAAUACACACCUGACAGGGACGAGUGGUCCUUGACCACCACUCUGAUACGGCCACAGAGCUACGGCCACUGCAUGGUGGCGCACGGCGAGCAGCUAUUCGUGAUGAGGAACGGACCAUGCGACGACUUCCUGCGCUGCCUCAUGGACUGCUACAACAUCACCACGGGCCAGUGGACAGCCAUGCAAGGGCACUACAUCAACAGCCGAGGGGCGCUCUUCACGGCUGUGGUCAGGGGAGACUCGGCCUUCACGGUGAACCGCGACCUGACUCUGGAGUAUCGCAUCUGUAGGGGUGUAUGGAAACCGCACAGGCAAAUGCAGGGUUUCCCGAAGACCGGAUCGCUCUGGACCUGUCUGCUCCGGCUGCCGAAGACCACAGACACUGAGCAAAUAAUCAGUAGUGAAAAAUCACCGGAGACUGCUGGAGAUGAUCAAAAUGAGAAGGACACCAUGGUGGUGAAUUAACCACUACAAAGCAUUUGGGUCUUCUUCAAGCUUCUGUCUCUAACCACUUGUAAAGGAGGUUCCUGUUAUGUUACUAUACUAGAGAAUAUUGAAUGUCUCAAACAGGCUCAUCACAACAUAAAUCAGAAAUGGCGGAGUAAACGUGAACUCUGGUAUGGCCUUUCAAGACCAGACCAAACUACUGUUUAAAAUUCAAACCCUACAAAUAAAAAGAGCUGUAGUCUCCAAAAAGAGUAAAAGGCUGUUUUGGGUUUUUUUUUUCCAAAAUGACAGAACUUAGUAAAGUGUUAUUAAGACAGGAGUUGACUAGCACAGAUGGAGCUCCAUGCCAUCUCUCAUUCACUUGCCCUCACACAUGAAGUGCCGGUCCACGCAACCCUGUCAAACGGCUGCUGCAUCUGGUGUUAAUCAGAGGCAGCACCCUGUGGAUGGUUCUGGAGUUCAAAGCCUUCUCACUGGGCUCCACUAAUUCUGCCUGUCCUCCUGUCUGUCUAUUCCCCUGACUACAGACCCCUACGGAACACUAGGGCCUUGCAGGAGCUAC